UCAAAGCAGAGGGAGAAGAGAUAGAACCAUGAAGGAAGACCUGACUAGCGUGUCUCUUUGGAGCAUGGCUUUAAUUGACUGUACGAAACCCACAGAUCCGUCUGAGAAGAAAAAGGGAAUGAAUAGAAACUGGAAAAACAGAAUGGCACUCUUCUUGAAGACAAACUCAGCCCAUUCAGUAUCAAAUCCGAUGAAGAAAGAAUUGCACAGGCCGACUGCAUCUGACGUGACACAGUGGGCGCAGUCACUUGACAAACUACUCAGUCAUAAAUAUGGCAAAAUGGCAUUUUACAUUUUUCUGAAGACUGAGUUCUGUGAGGAAAACAUAGAAUUUUGGAUGGUGUGUGAGGAUUUCCGGAUGCUCUCAUCCCACCAAGAAUUGACAUCUAAGGCCAACAGCAUUUAUGAGGAGUUCCUUAAAAACGAGGCUCCCAAAGAGGUCAACCUUGACUUUUACACCAAAAACAAAAUCAUCCAGAGUCUCAAUGAGCCUAAUGUGACCAGUUUUGUGGCAGCCCAGCAAAAAGUCUACAGCCUGAUGGAGAACAACUCCUAUCCAAGGUUUAUCCACUCUGACAUCUACAAAGAACUUUUGGCAGCUGCAAGGAGACAACGUUGAGGGCUUAAACGUUUACUCUAAACUCUGAAUGGAUUAGAAUCAGAUCGCAGCCUUGUCUCAGCCAAAGGGACCCUAAUAAUUCUGCUUUUGAGCAUAAACACACACAGCAAGUCUGGGAUGAAGUGACUGAAGCUGUUCUAAGCUUCUUUUUUCAAAUAGUUACUUUUAGUAUGGUUGCACAAUGAAACAGGAUGUAACAGUUUGCUGACAUUCACAUCACUUUAUUUUCUUGACUAUUUUAUUUUGCUGUGCUACUUUGAACUUUAUACUGUAUUAUACUGUGAUUAUAUAUAGUACACUGAAUUCAAAGCAGGGGGUAGAUAUUACACUGGACAGUUUAUUGUAUAUUUGAUGCCUUUGUACUACUGAAAUGGCACAAGUGUGUGACUAUAAUUUAACAACAUAAAACCUGAUUUGUUUUUUUCCCACUUAUGCAUUAGUACCA